AACCUACUCUUAUUUGGUUUCCCUUUAUUUUUAUUUGUUUGGUUUUUUAGGUUCAACCCCAGCACACAGAGUUUGUGGUUGGUUAGUGGCAACCACAAGACAACAAUAUUAAAUUUUGGGUUCAGUUUGAUCAGCUAUUCUGUGCUGCCCUUCUUAUUCUUCAAACAAGCGAAAAAACAAGAGGAAAAAAAUGGGUGGAGAAAGAAAGGUGUACACUUUGGCUGAGGUUUCUCAACACAACCAUGCUAAAGACUGUUGGCUUGUCAUUGAGGGCAAGGUAUUUGAUGUGACUAAAUUCUUGGAGGACCACCCUGGUGGUGAUGAUGUCUUGCUGUCUUCCACAGGGAAGGAUGCAACUGAUGAUUUUGAAGAUGUUGGUCAUAGUAGCAGUGCUCGAGCAAUGAUGGAUGAGUUUUAUGUGGGUGACAUCGAUACAUCGGCCAUCCCCUCUAAGAGGAAGUACACUCCUCCAAAGCAGCCUCACUACGAACAAGACAAGACCUCAGAAUUUGUCAUAAAGCUUCUCCAAUUCCUUGUUCCCCUGCUAAUCUUGGGAUUGGCCUUCGGUGUCCGCUCCUAUACCAAAACACCAGCUUCAUCUUAAGCAUUGAGACUCCCAAGAGAUAAUUUGAACAAUCUUCACAAUAAGAUUAUGCUAGUUUAAAUUUGUUUGGAGUUUUCACAUACUGCAGGGUGGUAAAUGGUUGGAUAUUUUUAUUCAAACAUUUGCUCCAAUGCAGUUGAAAAAACUCAGAUUCGCCUCCGAUUGUGAUAAUUUGAUAAUUGUCUUUCCCAGUUUUCACCAUGUGUUUGUUCAAUGCUCCCUUUCUUUGAUAAAAAAACUUGUUCAUUUGCUCA